AUGGGGUUGAGAGCAAAGCAUGGAGUUAGUGCUGUUCUAAUUUCCAUUCUUCUUUGCAUACGAGGUGUCUUUGGUGACCGCUGGUCCGAUGAGGCCGGCAUUUCAUCUGACCUGCCCUUAACGCCCAGCGUUUCCACUGUUAUCAGUCGCCACGCUGGUCCUCUUGUAGAAAGCCCACAUGACACGGCCAACGCUCAGUGGUCCCCGAGAGAUAAGGGGCCGGGAGAUGCAGAGGAAAGAGAAGGCAAAGCAUUUGACCAUAAGAAGGAAAAGAAGAAGAAGAAACGGAGACCCAGGGACGAAGUGUACGACCACACGGAAACGCAGAGCGAAAGUUUUAUAUCCGACAGCCCCAAUCAGACGUCCCCGUGUAAGGAACGGGACCGAGAUGGAGGUUGGGAAGACGGAAGCCACUUUGGUGGGAGAGUCAAGAAGCCAAAAAGCCAUAAGAAGAUUCCUGAGGAAUGGGCGAUCCAUGCAGAGCCCUUUGUUCCUGCUUCAGCCUGCGUGCCGCAGGAGUUCACAACUGAUAUUUCCCAGUCACUUUCUGAGGACUACACCGAUGGGAGUCUCAUUCCUCUGUCUCUUACCCAAGAUCUUCUAUCCCUCACGGCCACUUCCCCAACAUCCACAGCAAUACUUGAACCUGCAGUGCCCUGUCCAAAGUAUCCCGGUCAAGCCCCCGGAUUCAACGAAAUCAUCAUGGAAACAGAAGAUCCUAUUUCUGCCAAUGUUAGUGACACUCAGCCUUUUAUCUCUCCAGGUGGAACCUUGGAGGAAGCCAUGGUUGGACAAGAUCAGACCUACACCGCUUCCAUGGGCACCCAAGAGUCGCCAUUAAAGGAACCCCAGACGUCCACCCCUGGAAGCACUUGUUUUGUACCACAGAUGGAAGCACUGAUCACGGCACCCCCGUUUUCUCCAUCUGGACCUGCAUGGUCUCUUAAUAACUACAAUCAACCCUUUGCUCCUGAAGGUGUUGCCAUUGAGACCUCAGCCCAAGUUUCUGCACCUUUGCCAAAGAGCAAAGCCCCAAAGGAACCAAAGUCCAAACAAGGCAAGAAGUCGUCUGCGUCAUCCUCAUCAAAGAGUCCAACCUCCCCUGAAGCAAAGUUGCCGUCUCCCCAGAAUUCCGGUCUAAAUCCGGCUGCUCCGCCCUUCUUCCCUACUUUUGCAGAACCUCGGGAUCUCACCGAAGAAACGCCCUCCGCAUUGGAAGAAAACUCUGAGAAGAACAAGCCGCAGGCGAACAAAAUAGACACUGUGCCGAAGAUUGAUGACCCUAAUGUUUUCAUCAAGACGGAAACGGUGGAGGAGAAACACAAAACGAACCACACAGACGAACAGACAACCAAAGGAGAAAACACCGAAGCUCUGGACAAAAACAAAGAUGUGGGUAAAUCAGAGGAAACGGACAAGGAUGAAGCAGCACACAAAGUAGAAACGCCAGUGAAAAGUGAGAAGAUUGAACACAAAACGACUAAAGAUGAGACUGAAGAAGCUGAAAAGAUUGAGUCCUCCCCAAAGAUGGAGAAGAAGAUGGAAGAAGUGAAAGUCGAGGGGAGCAAGUCAGAUCAGAAAGCGGAGAAAGAUAAAGAAGAACAGGUGAAGGAAGUGGAGAAGGAGAAAGCAGAACAGAAGACCGAACAACACCAAACAGAAAAGGAGAAAGUAGAACAGAAAACAGAAAAGAUUGAGCCGACUGACAAGAAACCCGCCAAAGCUGAGAAGGACGAGAAAACCCCAAAAACAGCUGCUAAACCCAAACCUGCGGUGAGCAACGGUGCUCCUGGAAAACACCUGACUAGUCCUGAGAAGAAGACCAAGCCUGUCGCUGGUGCAACCAAACCUAGUUCUGCCAAGCCCCUGCUAAGCUCCGCCUCCAGUGCUACAGCCCCGCCCAAGCGUCCCGCCCCCACGUCAGCACCACUCAGCAAAAAAGCCCCAGUGCCCAAAGCACCUGCCCCAGCCGCUGGCACCAAACGACCCCCCACAGCGUCCACACGACCCCCCACAGCGUCCAGCACAGUGACCAGAGAGGUCAAGCCCAAGACGGCUGUCCCAAAGACCUCUGUCGCUCCGGCUCGACCCCCUGCAGACAAACCUGUGACCGCAGCACGCACCUCGACAAUAACAUCACGCAGCACAGCCAGCGCAGCGGCAGCACGACGCCCCGUCACAAAGACUGAGAGCAAACCAGGAGAUGAAAAGAAACCAAGCACACCGAAAACCACAGAUGCGUCCCGCUCUAAACCUGCGCCUCUCAAAGCCUCCACCACAACAACAAGCAGCGCUCGCCCUCGCAGCACCAAGACCCCCGUCUCCAGCAGCUCUCCAUCAGCAUCAGCAGCUGCACCUCGACCCGCCUCCGCCUCCAGCACCACGACACGCACCACACCACGACCCGCCUCCACCUCCACCUCCACCCCGGCACACCACACCAAAAACAUCCGCUCCAAGAUCGGCUCCACAGACAACAUCAAAUACCAGCCUGGAGGAGGAAAGGUUCAAAUAGUCUCCAAAAAAGUGGACUACAGUCACGUGACUUCUCGCUUGGGCUCCAAGGACAAUAUCAAACAUGUUCCUGGUGGCGGGAAUGUCCAGAUUCUCAACAAGAAGGUUGACUUGAGUAAAGUGACCUCAAAGUGUGGCUCCAAAGCCAACAUCAAAUAUAAACCAGGUGGAGGCGACGUCAAGAUCGAGAGCCGUAAGGUCAACUUUAAGGAUAAAGCUCAGUCCAAGGUGAGCUCGAUGGAUAAUGUCAAUCACGAGCCCGGAGGCGGGAAAGUUAAGGCUGAGGGGGUGCAGGAGACUGCUGAGGGCAGCGGGGCUCCCUCUAGUGGUGUCUCAGCGGGCCCUGCCCAGGAGAAUGGGCUGAAGGAGGGCGCCCCCUGCAGGAGUGAGGAGCUCCGGGACCCACAGGGUCUGGACUCACUCAUCCCUGAAACAAGCAUCUAACUCGACUUUUUGCUAUCACUCUGCCCUCUUCAUUCCCCCCCCCCGACCGCUUCCUCUCCUCCCCUUCUUUAU